AUGCCAGCUUAUGGCAACACGACAGCAAGCAUUAGGCCAGGGUUUUGGCUAUACAUAUGCCUCAGCUUCGUGCCGGGGAAGCCCGUGUCGGAGGUCUGGUUCGGCAACCCUGACUCCGACUACGACUCCGGCCCCGAAUCCGGCCCCACGGACCAUGCCGUGCCGCCGCGUGAGGAGAUGCGUUUUCGGAUUUUGGAGAGUCUGUCGCAGGCCAUGGCCGCGUUCGCCCCUCUGGCAUUUGACACGAUGGGUUCCGUCACAGGGGACGAGUCUGGCUCUGUUGGGAUUGGUCCCGUAUAUGACUGGCACGAGGACGAACUCCCCGGAAGCGUUGAAGGGGUACCGAGUUUUACAGAACGCAUCUCGGGGAGACGGCCGGGUGGAGCGGCGACGGCCGGUUCACGAAGGGAGACCACGUCGCCGAGGCCGUAUAGAUUGCCACGCUCAACCGUUAGGAGCGCCCGGAAAUCUGUCGCAAACUAG